CUUUAUCCAAACAUAACGCCAAAAGCCCAAAAACAAACAAACGUAAAACCCUUUCCCUCUUUAUUUUAAUGCAGAAGUUCUUCUGCAAAAGGCUUUUAGGAAGGUUUCUUGGAAAAGAUCGAAACAAAAGGAGCGAAUUCCACUAACAAACGCUACACAAAUUGGCGUUACUGAGCUUUUAUCAGGUGUCCAUUGGCAAAGUUGAGCAUCAACAUCAACAACCCUUAGUUCUUACCACAGAAACUUAUCUAAUUGCAAUAUAGAAGAAACAUGUCUAGUGGAGAAGUCAAAAAGGUUUCACCUCAAGAUUUACAACUGGUACAAAAUCUUAUAGAAAGAUGUCUCCAGCUUUAUAUGAGCCAAAAGGAAGUUGUUAGCACACUACUACAUCAAGCCAAAAUAGAACCUAGUUUUACUGAACUUGUUUGGCAGAAACUCGAAGAAGAAAAUCAAGAUUUUUUCAAAGCUUAUCACCUGAGAUUAAUAGUAAAAGAUCAAAUAAUGAAAUUCAAUAAAUUGCUCCAGGCACAAGCUGACCUCAUGCAUCAAAUGUCAACUUCAGUCCCUGUCUCCAACGGAUCUCAUGUUCCUCUAUUGCACCAAAAUCCUUCAUGCUAUUCCCAAGAUAAUAAUAAUAAUAAUACACAAACACAACAAGGUAUGAAGGUAGAGAACAUGAACAUGAACAUGAACAUGCAGCAGUCAACUGUUGGUCAACUGUCUGUACUGAUGACUCAGAAUUCAAAUAUGGGAAUUAUGCAAGGAAUGAAAUCAGAAUCUGGGUAUACAGAUGUAGAUACAGAUGCAUCUUCUUUUCUAUAUAAUCCUGCAAAUAAUGUUGUAGAAAGACACCCUAUUCCUUCCUUUAUUUCUGAAGAAUCCAAUCAAAAACAUGUGAUUGUGAACGAAUCAAUGGAUGCAUCAUUGUUUGGAUUCUUAGGACAAAUCCCAAGAAGCUUUAGCCUAUCUGAUUUAACAGCUGACUUCUCCAUUAGUUCAGAUAUAUUGGACAAUUAUACUAAGUCACCCUACCUAGCAUCUGACACUGACUUCUUGAAUCCUCAUGGGAAUGGAGGCAUCCAACAAGGAGACAGUAAAAGGUUGGACACUAUAUCAGAAGGCUUGAGUUAUGAAGGGUUUGGCAGUGAUUGAUAUAUUUCAUAAUCAUUAUUACUUAAUGAUCAUGGUCGACGUUUAGCCCAAGAAAACAGAGCUUUUGGUAGAUAAUUUAUAAUGGAAUUCAGACAUAGUCAUGGUGUGUAGGGGUGUGCAUGGUGUUAGAUUUAUUUUGAUGUUUCUAUUUCUUUUUUGUGUGUUUUGUUUGUUUUAUAGAGGUUGAUGAUUUGUUAUUCAUAGUGUUUUAAAAUAUAAAUUUUAGAUGUAAAUGAUUCCUGACACGUGUUUUGAUUUAUAGUUACUUUGUUUUGUGCAAUGAGAGAAGACAUUCCACUUUUUGAUGUCUUCUUGGUUACUUUAAAUGGUGAAAAAGUAAAAUUUUCAUAAAUGG